CCGUCCCUCACCGCACCACCCCUAAAGACGCUAGCGCUGCGAUGGCGGAGGCCGUGGAGCGCACUGACGAGCUGGUCCGGGAGUACCUGCUCUUCCGCGGGUUCACGCACACACUGCGGCAGCUGGACGCCGAGAUCAAGGCGGACAAGGAGAAGGGGUUCCGGGUGGAUAAGAUUGUGGACCAGCUGCAGCAGUUAAUGCAGGUGUAUGACUUGGCUGCCCUUCGGGAUUAUUGGAGCUACUUGGAGCGUCGGCUGUUCAGCCGCUUGGAGGAUAUAUACAGACCCACAAUCCACAAGCUGAAAACCAGCCUGUUUCGAUUUUAUCUUGUCUACACAAUCCAGACAAACAGAAAUGACAAGGCUCAGGAGUUCUUUGCAAAGCAGGCCACGGAACUCCAGAACCAGGCUGAGUGGAAGGAUUGGUUUGUCCUGCCCUUCCUGCCAUCCCCGGACACCAACCCCACCUUUGCUACCUACUUUUCUCGACAGUGGGCUGACACCUUCAUUGUGUCCCUGCACAACUUCCUGAGCGUCCUGUUUCAGUGCAUGCCAGUCCCUGUGAUCCUGAACUUUGAUGCGGAGUGUCAGAGGACUAACCAGGUUCAAGAAGAAAAUGAAGUUCUGCGUCAGAAGCUUUUUGCAUUGCAAGCUGAAAUCCACCGACUGAAGAAAGAGGAGCAACAGCCAGAAGAGGAAGAGGCCUUGGUCCAACACAAAUUGCCUCCUUAUGUCUCCAACAUGGACCGCCUGGGGGACUCGGAACUUGCCAUGGUGUGCAGCCAAAGGAAUGCUUCCCUCUCCCAGUCACCUCGUGUGGGCUUCCUGUCCUCGCUGCUGCCUCAGAGUAAGAAGAGCCCCUCAAGGUUGUCGCCUGCUCAGGGCCCUCCUCAAGCUCAGAGCUCGGCCAAGAAAGAGUCCUUCGGUGGUCAGGGCACCAAGGGAAAGGACCCGACGUCCGGAGCCAAGGAUGGGAAGAGCCUCCUCAGCGGGCUGGCCACUGGGGAGUCCGGUUGGUCACAGCACCGGCAGCGGCGCCUGCAGGACCAUGGCAAGGAGAGGAAGGAGCUUUUCUCCACAACCACUUCCCAGUGUGCAGAGAAGAAACCAGAAGCCAGUGGCCCAGAGGCUGAGCCCUGCCCAGAGCUCCACACGGAGCCAGUGGAGCCACUGACUCGGGCAUCCUCGGCAGGCCCUGAGGGUGGAGGAGUCCGCCCCGAGCAGCCCUUUAUUGUGCUGGGACAGGAGGAGUACGGGGAACACCACUCGUCCAUCAUGCACUGCAGAGUGGAUUGCUCUGGGAGGAGAGUCGCCAGCUUAGACGUAGAUGGGGUCAUCAAAGUGUGGUCCUUCAACCCCAUCAUGCAGACCAAAGCAUCCUCCAUUUCCAAAUCACCGCUGCUGUCUUUGGAAUGGGCCACCAAACGGGACAGACUGCUCUUGCUGGGCAGUGGUGUGGGAACAGUGCGUCUCUAUGACACGGAAGCCAAGAAGAAUCUCUGUGAAAUCAAUAUCAACGACGACAUGCCCAGGAUCCAGCCUCAGGACCAAAGUGCACCCUCCCUCUGUGGGCAGGCGGAGGGUCUGACCCAGGCCCAUGUGUGUUGCAGAAUCCUGUCUCUUGCGUGCAGCCCCAACGGGGCCUCUUUCGUCUGUUCGGCAGCAGCUCCGAGCCUCACUUCCCAGGUGGACUUCUCAGCACCAGACAUCGGCAGCAAGGGCAUGAACCAGGUUCCUGGCAGGCUGCUGCUGUGGGACACGAAAACCAUGAAGCAGCAGCUCCAGUUCUCCCUGGAUCCAGAACCCAUUGCUAUCAACUGUACAGCCUUCAAUCACAACGGGAACCUGCUGGUCACAGGGGCAGCUGAUGGCGUCAUCCGGCUGUUUGAGCCCUGGCCAGGAUGUGAGUGGCGGUGUCUCAUUGCCUCAGACAUGCAGCAGCACGAGUGCGCCAUGAGCUGGAGGGCCCACUAUGGGGAGGUCUACUCUGUGGAGUUCAGCUAUGAUGAGAACACCGUGUACAGCAUCGGCGAGGACGGGAAGUUCAUCCAGUGGAACAUCCACAAGAGUGGCCUCAAGGUAUCCGAUUACAGCCUCCCCUCAGAUGCCACGGGCCCCUUUGUGCUGUCUGGAUACAGCGGCUACAAGCAGGUUCAAGUCCCCAGGGGCCGACUCUUCGCUUUUGACUCGGAGGGAAAUUACAUGCUGACAUGUUCUGCCACAGGCGGCGUCAUCUACAAGCUGGGUGGCGAUGAGAAGGUUCUGGAGAGCUGCUUGAGCCUAGGUGGCCACCGAGCCCCUGUGGUCACCGUGGACUGGAGCACUGCCAUGGACUGUGGGACCUGCCUCACCGCCUCCAUGGAUGGCAAGAUCAAGCUGACCACCCUCCUGGCCCAUAAAGCCUGAUGACCUGCCCCAAGGGCCACCUGAGGAAGCAGUAUUAUCUGCGGUGGGGGGAGGAGAUAUAGGACAGGAAAACCAGGUGCUCCACUCCAGCUCCCUGCCAGUGCAGUGACUCUGCAGGGAAAGACUGGCAAGGAGGCUCAGGCACUUCCAUCUGCGGUGACUGGAAUGGGACCCACGUGGAGUAGGUGGCAUAUGCUUCCCAGAGACUGGUAUUGUGGCUGUGCCAGGAGUACACGUGAGACUAUGGGAGGAAAGCUCUGGAAGAAGGAGAAACAUUGCGGUGGCUACUGUGUUGGCCCAGUAGAAAUUGACGGUAUUUUGUAUAUAUGUGCCCAUUUUUCUUUUUCUUUUUUAAAAAGAAUACUCUUGUGGUCCCCUGAUGUCUCUUUCUAGGAUUUGUGUCACUUUGCUUCAGUGACAGCCCUCCCACCCAGCCUGGCUCUGCUGGCCCCGAACUGAACCUCUCCAGGCUCUCCUGUUGCUUUGCCAUGGAGCCAGGUCAGCUCUCUGUCUGUUCCGCUGGGUAACAAGGUUUGGCAGUUCCUGUUUCUCUGGGCUUAAGUCAAGGCCACAGAGUUCUUUUUCUUCCCUGAAAGCUGGCAGCUUUUGUUACAGAAGAUUCUCAGGAUGAAGGCAGGGGCUGAGGCCUCUGCUACUGGCUGCCCCUUUCCAUCCAGUGGCUGCUGUUUCCCAAGACGGGCUAAGCGUUUCUUAUCUGAAAUGCUUGGGACAGGAGUGUUACAGAUUUUGGAUUUUUUCAGACUUUGGAAUAUUUGCAUAUAUACAUAAUUAGGUAUCUUGGUAGGUCUCAUGUCUAAACAUGAAAUUCAUUCAUGUUUUAUAUAUACCUUAUACAUGUAGCCUGAAGGUAACUCUAUACAGUAUUUUAAAUAAUUUUGUACAUGAAACAAAGUA